AUGCUGCCAUCCACCUUGGUACCGUCGGAGGAAGGCCGCCAGGACCCUCGCAACGACGACGUAAGCUUGUCGUUGCCUGUUCGCGAGAUUGGCCAGGCGUCGUUUAUGCUUUCACCAACGCCGGAUCCUCGUCCGCCCGAAGCAAGCGCACCUCUCUUGAUCGACGCCUGCGUUGGCACUGCCCUUAUCGGCCGUGCAAGUGUGCCACACACGGCUAUUGGCAGGGCCAGCCCUGGUGAACGAACGAUGAACGCUCAGCUGACCUCGACGGCGCUCCAGGUGUUUGUGCCUUUUAUCCUGGCUGGCUUCGGCUCCACCUUGGCUGGCAUCCUGCUCGACGUGGUCAAGGACUGGCCGGUGUAUGUGAUAGUGCACCAGAUAUUCGUGGUCAUUGCACCCUUGCUGGGACUCAACGGAAACUUGGAGCAGACCCUGGUUGCGAGGCUUAGCACCCAGUGCCAGUCGACAGUGGCAACCUUCCUGACAUGUUCACUCGCCGUCCUGAAAGGUCUGGCGAUUGACGGUCUCUGGGACUCUUCCCACAUCGCCGUCCUCUACGCUGGAGCGCUGGCCGCAGUCAACACUGCCAGCUUCGUGAUGUCCACGGUCGUGGUGCUGUCAACAAAGUGCGAGAAAAACCCGGACAACAUCGCGCCGGCCAUCGCGGCUUCGUUCGGCGACCUGACCACGCUUUUCCUGCUCUCUGGCUACUCGUCUUUAAUGCUGUACCAUCCGUAUCUGGCGCCACUGGUGAUCGCGUUGUGCCUGCUCCUGCUGCCAAUGUGGAUAGUUCUGGCCCGACGCAACACCGUCUCCCGGGAAGUGCUGCGCGUCGGGUGGCUGCCAAUUAUUAUUGCACUCACGGUCUCUAGCUUCGGUGGGUACAUCCUGGAUUAUGCAGUCUUCGCUUAUCCGCCAAUCGCCCUGCACCUGUCUUCAGUAAAUGCACUGGGCGGCAACCUGGCGGCCGUCUUUAGCUGCAGCUUGUCCAGUUACAUGAACAGGGUGACGCCACUGGGAGACAUACCGUUCGGGGAACACGUCUGCGUGGGGCCCCUACAGAUGUACUACCAGGGUGGGGAGAUGGCCAACGUGGCCUACGUGCUCGUCGGCGUCGUGGUGCCCGGCCAGACGCUGUUCGCCGUGCUCUCUAGGAUUCUGCGCUUCGGCAAGGUCUCCAUGACCAUCACCUUCUUCGCAGCCUACUGUGGAGGAAAAAAUGAGUAUUCCGCUCGCAACCAUAAGGGCUACUACGAGCUGCGCUGA